AUGAGUACUGCCAGGAUGCCAUUGCCAAAAAGGCGUGGUGUUCACCACACACCAUCUACUCCCAGUCUGAAGACGCCGUCAUCCGUAUCCGCACCUACACACACAUACGCCAUUUACAUGGAUGAAUCCUCGCCAUCGCACGCCUUGGAGUACUCUUUAUCGAGCAUGCUCUCGCCACAGAGGUUUCGGAGCUGA